CGACAACCGACAAGCCGCGAGAGGUGUACGUACGUUCUGUACAGACGCCAUAAGAGUCUAGUGAAUUUGUGUUUUAAUUUACGUAUUUCGAAAACAAUGUUAUCAAACAUUAUCAAUUAAAAUUGAUUCGAGAAUGAACUCAGCAUUGAAACCAGUUUUGACAGCAUCUGGCCCUCAAAAUUCCCAAAUACCAACCCAACUAAACAAGCCCAUGCAUCCACAAGGAGUGCCUACAACCUACGGGCAGCCCACAAGCCACAUGCCCCAAAAUUUGGUUAAUCUGCCACAUAAUACCAAUGUGGCACAUUCACAUCCAAAUGCAGUCCAGAACCAUUACUCGUUGAAUGUGCCUAAUUCCCAGCAGCACUACAUGGGGUCUAACAUACCUGCUAGCAACCACCCUGUUGCUGGUGGACAAAUGUAUAAUGUACCCAAAACUACACCAUUUUCAGGUGGAUAUCAACCCAACCUCGGACAUCCUCCAAAUGUUUUUCAACAAAACGCGAUGCCCCCGGUAAGUCAGUCCUUGCCUCCGACUGCGCAAGUGCAACAGGCACCAGUGCCCCCGCAACCAGUUGCAGCCGCACAGCCGGAACCGGAAAAGCCGCAGUCGAACGGAACAUCGGAAGAAAAUUUCCCUGUCAAACCGGAAAAUCACGUUUCACUUGUCAAAGAUAAACCACCAACCAAUGUACUUCAGCCCGCUUCAUCGGAAAAAUUAGCCGAAAAAGUCCAACCAACACAACCGGCCGCCGCCGCCGCCGGCCAACCCGCAGCUCAGGAACCCGCCGCUAAAGUUCCCGCCGAAUCGAGUGCACCAAAUCCUGCUAGUGCCGCCGACGGUCCAAGCGAAACCGAUUCUGCCGCCGCCAAAACCGCUUCGCCCGAAAAAACCGCCCAGGUCCCCGCCGUAGAAGCAGCGGCGGCCGACAAGGAUGACGGUGAGGAAGAGGGGAGCGGCGACAGUAAUUUCUCUGAUUCGUCCGAUAAGGAUUCGCGACCGGCAGCGGGUAUUGCCGAACCCGUCACGGCCGAUAGCGAGGUUGAAAAGUCUCAGGAACAACCUCCGCCAAAACAAUCUUCUCCCGCCAAGCCUGCAGCCACAACGGCCAAAACCCCGCCAAGAAAGGCCAAAGCAACGAAAGCCGACGUGGCCGCGUCGCCCAAAACUCCGAAAGCCGAUGCCAAAUCGCCCGGCAAAUUGACCGCCACCGGCAAACUGAAGAGGCAGAGGACCAGGACGCAACCGUACCAGAGCCCGUUGCCCGAGCUCGAGAUCAUCUCGAAAAUCAGCUCCCACACGCCCAGAACCAAGACGCAAGACGAGAAGUUGGUCGUGUUUUACAAAAAUGAGUUUUUGGCAGUGAGAAAUUCAGAGGGAACAUUUUUUGUAUGCCAGGCAGUACAAAACAUUUACAAAUCAUCGUCAAAAAUCAAAAUCCGUUGGUUAUCCCAAGCUGAGGACGAUAAGACCGGUGAAAUUUAUACGCCAGACUUUUAUGACUUAACAGACUUUGAUUGCAUCCUUACAAAUCUAAACCUUACAAGAGUAAACAAAGGAAAAUACAGGCUUCCAAAAGCCGAAAAGGAAAGAACUGAUAGUAUUUUAAACAGAUCUCUUGCUGUAGAAAAGGGAGAAGAGGUCCAUGAGGAAUCCUUUACUGAGGAACACCCUGAUGGAUUGGAUAUUUCAUUGUACACUGAAGAAAGCCAACUGAACAAGAAAAAGGGCAAGAAACGUAAGGCGUCGCCCUCCAAGAGCGAAAAAAAGCCAGUCGCAGUUAUAAAAAAAUCGCCGGAAGAAUCUAAAGUGCGAAAGGUGGUAAAAAAGAAGGCGAAAAAGAGGACGGCCCCCGACGCAACCCCCAAAUCGUCGACACCGACUGCAACGUCGAAACCGUCGACGAGCGGCGACGCCUCCAGAUCGAACAGAGCGAAAAGAAGAAGCGACAACGUCAAAACGAGUCCCGUUGUCGAUCAGAAAAAGGCCAAGGUCUUGGCGAAAGUUGCGAGGAAAACGGCCGUUCCCGCCUCUGCACCCGCACCGGCUAAAAGCAAAGCAGUAGCAAAAAGCACAAAAAAUUCCAAACCCAGCGUGACCUCCACGAAAGCCACUAAAACAAGUGCACCAGCAAAGCCUGCAGUGGCUACAAGGAAAACCAAGAGGUUGGCAAAAAAAUAAAUAAAACCCUAAAUAUAAAUUAGAUAUCUCAUAUUUGAUUCUGUAUAUUUUUUUAUUUCCAUUUAUUUCUUAGUUUUUUUAUUGUUUAAAACGGUUGCCGCGCUCGUUUGUGAAAUGAUUGCGGCAAAUUUUUGUUUAAACAUAUACGAACAACUUCAUUACAUAUUUUAAUGUAUUUAUAAUAUAUAUUGGAUUAAUAGAAUGUAUGUAUUUCAAAUACAUACGGUAUGUAGAAACCAAUCUAGGCCUUAAAUAAUAAAAAAAGUUUAUAAAAUUUGUAUUGAAUUUGUUCUUUGUUAUGUUGCAAUGUUUAUAGCUAUAAAUAAUUAUUCUACUUGGCCAUUUAAGUGGUGAAAACAUAAUUUCUAUCAAAAUUGUAUUGUGUAAAUCUUCUGCAUUGACACAUAUAUUUUGUCCUAAGUUAUAAUAUAUUUAUUCUUUAAAGUACGGUGUUAUCAAAAUACCUUUUACGUCCAUUUACUUUCUGGCAAUUUGACAAAAUAUAGGUGCAAUAUUUUUUUAUUUAAAAGAACGUUCAAUUUUGUAAAUAAGUACAUGUUUUCAAAUUAGGAUUUUAAGUUUAAGAAGUAGAUAUAUUACGCUUGAAGCUUUUUAAUAUAUUCAAAGAUGAAGUAUGUAUAUGAAAAAAUCAUAUCAUUAAUUUUUAAUUUGCAUUUCUCGCCUUUUUAAUUUAUAUUUUCGAUGUCAAAUUGUUGGUUUAAUAUACGUACCACAAUUUAACUAAUCAGUGUAACUUUAAAUUUUAAAUCUGUUUAACUUUAUGUUAAUUUAUUGUGUAGUUUUUCCAUGUUUAAUUUAUUGUGCCAUGUGUUGAACAAAACUAAUUGGUAAAUUUUGGAGUGUAUAAUUAUGAAAAAAUUGUACGGAACAGAGUUCUAAGUAUGAAGAAAAUAAGGUAACAUUUACCUUAAUUGACAAUUUAAAUAUUAAUGAUCCUACCAAUACAAAGAGUCAAUGCAUGAGGUUUAGAUAAAUAAUUUCUUGCUCUCAAAAUUCAUGCCACACAAACCUUUUUCAUGUUCAUAUAUUAUUUUUUGUACUAGCACUAGUAUUAAUAUUGUUUAAGUUCUCAUUUUGUAUGUAUAUUUCAAAGCUCUACUUAGAUUUUAUGAGCAAAACAAUAUAAGUUAAAUAUGAUUGUAUUGUUUCGAUAAAAAUAAAUAAAAUUUGAAGAGCCUGACAAGGUUUGUUUGAUAUCUGCAGCAGAAAAGUUUAAUUAGUAAAAAAAUAUUCUGUGCGCCAUUUCAAAAAAACCUGAAUACUCUUUUUAAUAGAUAAUGACACAAGAUGAAGAAUUUAUGACCAAGACAUAUUUCAUUAAGGACAAAAAAGGCACACUUCUGUUUAAUUUAUUAGAUUGUAGUCAAUGUAUGUGUUGUGCUUAAACAAAGUUAGGAAUUAAGGAAUCAUAAGGAAUGGAUGUUGAUGUAGUCUUGUGAACUGUCAAAAUUUUGAUCUGAACUCAAAAAUCUAUUAUUUAUAAAAUUAUAAAUGGUUUUUUC